CGGAAGAGAGUUGAGCUGCGGGAAAAUUAAAAGUCUUUCCUUACGCUUUCAGACUCCAGCAUGAACUACGUGGUGCCACCCGGGCUGGAGUACCUGACGCAGCUGGACCAGGUGCUCGUCCAGCAGCUCUACGAAGUCUUCGAGUUGCUCUCAGGUUGUGAGAUGAACAACAAGUACUUAUUGAAAAACAGUGUAGGCCAGCAGUUCUUAAAAGCAGUGGAAGACACUGAUUGCUGCACCCGACAGUGCUGUGGCCCAAUGCGCAGCUUUGAGAUGCAGCUUCUGGAUAACCAUGAGCAGGAAAUAAUGCACCUCAGUCGACCCCUUGCCUGUGUAAACUGCUGCUGUUCUUGCUGCCUCCAGUCACUGGAAGUAUCAGCUCCACCUGGAAAUCCAAUUGGCAGCAUACAUCAGGAAUGGAGUAUCUGCACACCUAUUGCAGGCAAAUUUACUGUAAGAAAUGUGUCAGGAGAUGUUGUACUGAAGAUCCAGGGCCCAGUGUGUGCCAUCAGCUGUGGCAGCGAUGUGGAAUUCAAGGUUUUUACUGCUGAUGAAUCUGCACAAAUUGGCUGUAUCACAAAGCAGUGGCGAGGAUUCUGUGCUGAGGCUCUUACAGAUGCCGACAGCUUUGGGGUCACCUUUCCCAUGGAUCUGGAAGUGCGCAUGAAGGCUCUCCUCAUUGGUGCCAUGUUCUUGAUUGACUUCAUGUACUUUGAGAGGAAACAGAAUAAUUAAAUGCUGUCCUGCCAGUCUUCUGAGAGCAUCAUAAGCGGAUUCAUCUGGAGAAGUCAUCGCAAGCUACUAGAUAUUUUCUGUUUUGAUACUGCAAGGUAGCACUUGCAUUUUAGUUAUUUUAAGGGAUAUAUAUUAUAAUGCAUUUAUGUACUUAAGUAUGGAAUCAUAUUUAUGCCAUUUUUUUAUUCUUUCAAAUAUGUGGGAGUAAAUUUCUAGUACCUCCCAUUUAUUACAUUUUAUACUAAUAGAACACUUACAAAUCAGUUGGGGAAAACUUUCAUUUUCUCUAUAGUCGGUCACAUCAUUUAUUGGUGUUUGGUAAUUUUUCAUACACAUUAUUGUAAUGAUUAGAUUAGAUGCUGAACACUGUAUACAAAGUUUAGCAGUAUUAAGAUUUAUGUUCAUUUAUACUGGUUGUACACCAACCAUUGGCAGUCUUUGUGAUAU